CACGGACCUAUAACUUGAACUGAACGAGAUACCUAAUUUAUUGCCUUCCUGCACGAACGGUCAUGGGACUCUUCAGAUAUCAAAAUGUCUUUCGGUCCAUUACGCUUAGCAUCAGCUAUCUCGGCGCCACGUCAGUUCGCCAUUCAUCGACCGCAUAUAUACUACGCACCCCUCCGCCGAACACUCCUCGCGAAGUUCCCACCCCGCUCGUUUUCGUCUCAGCGAGUGGCUGGGAUUCCGGAUCACAACAUGGCAUGAGGAAAUUUGCCUCAAUGUUUGCAGAGAAGGGCUUUACGUGUCUGGAAUUAGACUUGGCGCCACCAGCAAAGCCACCAAAGAGUUCUCAGGCAUUAAUGGAGCAUUAUGAAGGCGAGCUGUCUUCACACAUUCGCCUCACGUCCAUUCCCUUCGCACCCGUCAUCAUCGCACGCGGCUCAGGUGCACUCAUAGCGCAGACAUACAUCUCGUCGUAUCCCGCGUCCGGCCUGUUGCUUAUCUCCCCCCCUGCGUCAAAUGCCUCUCUUUCUUCCCCCCCGUUUGACCCCUCUAGCAUACACAACUCCGCAAUGCUUCUUCCCACUCCUCUAAGCGAAUUCGACUUCGAGCCAAAGUUCCCGUGCGCGAUUCUAUGCGGAGAGGGUGAUGCCGCCGGCUUGUCGGAGAACAGGCUUUGGAAGGAUGCCGCCGUGGAUAAGCUCGUAGUGCCGGACAGCCGCGCUCUGGACAGUCAAGAAGGGUUUGUAAAGAUAGAGCAAUGGUUGGACGAGAUCGGCGUAUGA